AUGAGGGAGGAACGGUGGCUGAAAGCAAAAGUCUUGUUGGACAGGUUGCAGUACAUGCCUUGGACGCAGUAUAGAAAAACACAGGUGAUCAACAGGGGAAUCUUCCCUUUGAUCUUCUAUGGCUGCAAUACCUGGAGAGCGGGCAAGGAUUUCUUGAGAGAGGUGAGAGCCAAGUGCAACCACUCGGUUUGGGGCAAGAAGCAAUACCACUUGCACUACCUGUCACCGCUUUUCUCUGGGCAACAAUAUGAGCCUUCAUUGUACGUGGCAAGACACCGCUUCUCUGCACUUUUGAGACUUUUUGCUCGUCAUGAAGCACUGGUACGACAGGUUUGGGACCAGUCCAUCCUCGCAAAGUCUUACUUCAAGGGCAAAUCCAGAGGUUGUAUUUCAUUGUUCCAAAGCCAACUGAAUGAUCUGGGGUGGGCAAUGUACCCUGGGGGUCGCUGUAUUACGCAUCAAGGCUGGGAAUUCUCAAUAUGGCAGGUCUCCACGGCACAGUUCCUACAAGUGGUACAACAAGCCUGGGAGCACUCUUUGCUACAACACUUGCAAUUGAAACACAACUUGGAGGACCUUUGCAGUUUUUCUGCAGCAUUUUCCCAAAGCCCUGCACAUCCGGCCUGCAAGUUCUGUGGUCAAGAGGACACACUGAAACACAGAGUGUAUGAAUGUGUUGGGACUGAACAUAUUCGACAGCUGCCUCAGUGGGACGAAGUAGCUGCACUGCCAUACUCCCAGGUUCUGGGUGGCCUUUCUGGAUUGCCUGAGGAACUCGAAAGUUUCCACAAAGCACUGGACAAUAUCCAACACCCUGAUGUCCAACCUCUGCCAGAUUUGGAAGGCCACAGGUUUUUCUUUACAGACGGCUCUGCUUUUGAUCCGGGAAAUCCUCAGGCUUUGCUCUGUUCUUGGGCAGUUACAGAGGCAGAAGAGUCUUCCAAAAACAACACCUUGAGAUCUUCGGGCCUUUUGCCAGGUCGCAAACAAUCUGUUUUCCGCGCUGAACUACAUGCUGCAAACGUGGCUAUUGCGAUGUCCCGUAAGGCGGUUAUUUAUGUCGACAAUGAGGCGACCAUGCGACGUGUUCGUCAGAUAUUAUCGGGAACCCUGUACGACACUGAACUGAUCCAACAUCCUGACCGCGAUCUUCUGCAGACCACUAUUUCUCUACUUAAGUCUCGUGCCCCUGGUGAUGUGCAUAUCUAUUGGACCAAGUCUCACAGGUCUCUAUAUGACGCUACUGGAAGCCGAGACUUAUGGUGUAUUUACCACAACGCCAAAGCUGACUCUCAUGCUAAAGCUGCUGGUAAAUUGGCUCCGCUACCAGUCCUCCAGGCACAACAAAACCUGCUCUGCAAACUCAAACAGAUGAUGGAAGUGCGCGCAAAUGCUGCUGUUCUGCUCAGACAAGUCAUGGACGAGUUCCUUUGA